CCGCUUCAGUAUUGUUCAAACCACGCUGCAGAAGGUUGUAUAAUACGUUGAUAUUUUAUUUACGUAUCGAAGUGAAGUGCAUCUGUGAUAGAUUUAGUUUUUUAAGUAAAUAUUGAAUGAAAUAUGGAAUCUCCCGUUGUUGUGGAUAAGCCACCGGAAUAUCAUGGAAGAGCUGCCAAAAAUAACCAGCAGCGCGGCUUUCCGUUUGAUGAGGAGGAGGGUUCGGGCGCGUGGAGCGAGCUCGCGUCGCGCCACCCCGACAUAGCGGCGCGCCUGCGCCAGCGCCCCGCCACCUGGGCCAGGAAGCGCCGCCCCUCCAGCCAGGACGCCACUGACGAUUUCGACGACUUCAGCGGCUUCGAUAGAUUUCCGUUCGACGAUAUCCCGUCGGAGUUCAGAGAGCAUUUUCCUUCACAUUGGAACCGCAGGUUCGGUCCACGCGAGGAGCCACCGCCCCCGCAAUCUCCGCAGCCCCAGUCUCCGCAGCAGCAGAGCGCCUCCACGCAGACUGAGUGCCCGCCGGGACCUUCCGCACACGACGAUCACACAGCACACCCCGCACAAGACGACCAACACAGCCACCUCCCACAGUACGGACUCAGGAACACAGUAGAUCUCGGACAGAAAAGCCCCGCAGACCCUAGUUUAGUUGAUGAGGAGGAUCGGACCCAAAGGUCGAUGUCAGCACCUCCUGAUAAUCGCACGACCGGUUUAAGUAACGCAAACAAAAUGAGUGGACAGAACCACCAGGAGCAGAGCCACAAUCCACACUCUGAGCAGCAGUCCAACGUGCGGCACAUACCUAUUUUCGUCGAAGGCAGAGAUGAGCCCGUCAUAAAUAAGUCAGUAGACCAUGCGACAAACUUCGGCGACACGAAGCCCGCAUACGCGCCGCCGCCGCAGCCGCACAUUGACAGAGACCAAUACUUCGCCGACGACGGCCCUGUUAAUUUUCACGCUCCGCCUAACUUUUCUAGGGCUUUCGGCACACCAUUUAACAAAGGUUUCCGACAGGGACCGCAACCGUUCGUCCAACAAAAAGUAUAUCCUCAGACGGCGUUCACUCGUGGCGCUUCCCCGCACAGAUCUCAAUCACCCAAACCACAGAUGCCCCCGGAGGAGCAUUACGUUAAGGUGCCGGUUCACCACGAGCAAACUGCGCCUAGAGCUGAAACUCCGUCCAGAGCACAGCAGAAGCAGCCUCCGCGACAGUCCACGCCUCCCGCGCAGCCCUCACAGCCGCCGCACCAGCACACCCCGCCGCCGCAGACCAAGCCACAGCCGCCCCCGGCCAAUGACCCCAAAACACAAAUUCUCGCCAUACAAACUGAUGUACUAAAUCUGAUGUCUGAUGUUGAAAAUUUCACAGGUACAAAGAAAGACAAAAAGUACCUAUAUCUAGAUGAGAUGCUCACUAGGAAUCUCAUAAAAUUAGACAAUAUUGAAACUGAAGGUAAGGAGAACAUAAGGCAGGCGAGGAAGGAGGCCAUUAGAUGUAUUCAAAAGUGCAUAGCUGUAUUAGAAGCCAAGGCUGAAAAAGGUAGUAACGCGGCUAAACAACAAGAUGUAGAAAUGGAGACCUCCGAGAGUCAGAAUACAGAAAAUGCCAACAAAACUGUUGAGAAUGGUGAGGUCGAAAUGAAGGACAUGAGCAAGGAGCAAUCUUCUACUGAACCUCAAGUCGUGGAGGAAAAUCCUGAAAAACCGAAAGAAGAAAUCAAACAGGAGGAGGUUAAAGACCAGGAGGUUAAGGACGAACAACCAAAAGAUGAAAAGAUGCAAGAAGCCAAAACAGAGCAAGCUUCAGAGAGCACGGAAGUUGCCCAGCCACAGAUUGCGGAUACGCGACCCGAGGAACAAAUCAAGGAAAAAACUCCUGAAAUCAGACCCGACGAACAAAAACAAAACGAAAACAUAGAAAAUGAAAAGAAAAGCCCCAAGAAGGGUACCAAAAAUAUAAAGAAACGAGAUAAAAGUAAGGAUAAGAAGGACGCAACAAACGAUAGUAUUAAGGAUGUAAAUGUUGAAAAGAAGGAUAAUAAACCUGAAGUUAAACAGGAAGAAGAUAAAAAGGGGGAUAGCACGGAACAGAAAGAGAAUAAAGUAGAGGAAACGAAAGAUGUUGCGGAUGUGAUUGUGGAACAGAAGAAAGAAGAUAAAUUAGAAUCGAUGCAGGUGGACGGCAAAGGCGACAAGACGGAGCCGCAGUCGAUGGAGGUGGACAAUGCAGUCGCUAGUCAAUAAAUAUAGUUUGCUUUAGUGAAUUGUUUGUUGUAGAUACACAGCCAGGGCGGAGUCGCACGGUGCCUACAAUCGCCUUUUCCUUCUUCGUGUUAAUUCUUUGUGUCUAAUAACGAGGUGUUGACAUGUAUCACUGUUUAUGUUUGUAAAUUUUAAGUUUUUAACACCGUACUUCGUGUAAAGGACGACGUCCUUAGGAUUUAAAAUGGUCUCUCACCUAAAUCCUAAUAUUUAUUAAUUUAUUGUUGAUCAGUUCUUGAUAACACAAAUUUCUCAAUAAACAUAUAUCAAACAA